UUAUUAUAUUAUAUCACAUGUUCUAUAUAUACACACACUAUAUAUACAUACAUGCACAUGCCCAUUAGUUUCACCUAGGCCAUUCCUCUUUUAAAGCAAUCGACGACCCAAAAAAGAAAGCACGAUACAAAAAUGAACAUCUUAUCUCAAACCCAAAUCCUUCAUCUCUCUAUAGCUAUUCUUCUCUUCAUCACAACAUCAUCAUCAUCAUUAUCACCAUCAUCAUCAUCACCAUCAUUAUCACCAUCACCACCAUCAUCAUCACCAUCAUCGGCACCACCAUCAUCAUUAUCACCAUCAUCACCACCACCACUAUCAUUAUCACCAUCAUCACCACCACCACCGCCACCAUCAUCAUCACCUCUAUCAUCAUUAUCACCAUCAUUAUCACCAUCACCACCAUCAUCAUCACCAUCAUCGGCACCACCAUCAUCAUUAUCACCAUCAUCACCACCACCACUAUCAUUAUCACCAUCAUCACCACCACCACCGCCACCAUCAUCAUCACCUCUAUCAUCAUUAUCACCAUCAUCAUCUUCAUCAACAUACUCAAAUCAAACCAACUUAGAUUACAUCAAAACAUCAUGUAACAUUACACUCUACAAAACCAUUUGCUACAACUCUCUAUCUCCUUACGCCUCAACAAUCCGUUCCAACCCUCAAAAACUCGCUGUCAUCGCCCUCAAUCUCACCCUCUCAUCCGCCAAAUCUGCCUCCAAAUUCGUCAAAAACAUAUCUCACGGAGGUGGUCUAACACGUUUGGAAGUAGUUGCGGUUGCUGAUUGCGUUGAAGAGAUUGGAGACUCGGUGACUUCGCUUCAAGAUUCGAUAAGGGAAUUGGAUUCUAUCAACUAUAAAGAUAGUGCAAAGUUUGAGAUGGUUAUGUCGGAUGUUGAAACAUGGGUUAGUGCUGCUCUCACGAAUGAUGACACAUGUAUGGAUGGUUUCAGUCUAGUUAAAACGGCCGUGAAAGAUUUGGUUCGACGACAUGUUGUUGAGGUAGCUCGGCUUACUAGCAACGCGCUUGCUCUCAUUAAUAUGUACGCCUCUACGCAAGAAAACUUUUCUUAAUUAAAUGUUUUCAUACAGAAAAAAAUUGUUUUAUACUUAUACUAGAAAAUUAAAAAGCUUAUGAUUGGAUGUAUGUAUACAUGUAUGUCACACCUUGUACUUGUCAUAUAGGUAGGUAUUGUUGAUUUUUCUGUAUAAAUCGUAUGUGAAUAUUUUGUAUAUUAUUGAAAGAUGGUGAAAAAGUUGCAACACCUUGUUGCCU